UCCCCCGAUAAAAGUGGGAUUUUUAUUGAAAUGCCCGAAACGAAAGAUAUCUGAAAGCGGAGGGCUUGUCGAUGGUGUGAGGGGAAGCUGUUUUUAUCUCGAGCCAAGUCUAUUCCGAAUGGCAGUAAGAUAUCAUGUGCGUUGCUUCCCGAUCAACGGGAAACUAAAGCACGAGGCGCUAAGCAGAUGCAAGCUCCAGCCUGGGUAAACUUUACGUCUUCGCGGUAAAUUAUUCACGCAUGCGCACAGCGUGGUUUUGGAUGCGCAGUGCGUACUGCGCAGGUCGUUGGGUGACAGCUGUCCAAACAUGGAGGCUUGCCGAGGGUGCUGGCUGCCUGUCCUCAAGCGUACGUAAUAGCCCCCUAAGCCGAACGAACCAACCAGCAAAGCUGUACCAAAGGUUACUAGAAGUGACAGUUUAUCAUUCUUUAUUGUUCGAUCGUUGUUGAUUGUAGGAAUGACGAUGGAAAACAUGAGCGAGCUCCCAGCCGAUCAACAAAUCAGCGAUUCGUCGGCCUCGACGACCAGUCAGCGGGCAGACUCGCCGGCAGAGCCGGAUUACGCGAGCCCACAAGACGAGGAUCUUGAGCCAACAAUAUCCCGUGCGGAGGCCAUCCCCGUUAGUAUCAGCAGCAUGAUCGACUCGAGCGAGUUCCGCUCUCAAAUGGGCGAUGUCACGUAUCACACUUUGAAUGGGCGCAUGAGCCCAAGUUACUGUACUAGCCCUAACAACUAUGCUACGCUGACACCGCUACAGCCUCUUCCGCCCAUCUCUACAGUGUCCGAGAAAUUUGGCCACGUCGGGGGCUCGCCGAAUGUCAGCGGGAGUUUCACGCUGAUGCCCCAGAACAUAAACAAUGGAGGGAUCAUGGACAUGACAACGUAUGGUCACAGGUACCACGACAAGCUAAACAUGGGAAUGAACAUGGGCCCAACACUGGGCGCUACUGCCAUGACAAUGAUGACUACCAACAACAUAAACUACCAGCAGAGCCCUUUGGGUUAUGGCUACGCACAGAAUGGACUUACAACUGUCAAGUCGGAACACAAAAUGGGCUCACCAACUUUCGAUUCAUAUGGCUCUUCGCCCAUGAGAUUACCUGUCGACCACCCAGCAUCCCCUCUACAUUCCCCCAACCCUAUGAUGGUACCCAUCAAUGGUGUACACACGGCACCUACACCAUCGCCACACAGCGAGAGUCCACAGCGAGACCGUCCAUCCACAUCGCUGGACAUGCAGAAAGGGCAGCAACAGGAAGUCGAGGAAAUUAACACAAAAGAGUUAGCACAGCGAAUAAGCAGUGAGUUAAAGCGCUACAGUAUCCCUCAAGCUGUUUUCGCUCAGCGGGUGUUGUGUCGAAGCCAGGGAACAUUGUCAGAUCUUUUAAGAAACCCCAAACCGUGGUCCAAACUGAAAUCGGGUCGUGAAACAUUCCGCAGAAUGUGGAAGUGGUUACAGGAACCUGAAUUUCAGAGAAUGUCGGCGUUACGAUUGGCAGUCCAGUGCGGGAGGCUGGAUUCAAAGAUGGGUGGGAUGACUACCGCUUCUUCCUCUGACCUCAGUUAUAAUAGUUCCGCUUUCAAACCCUCCUCUCCCACCAAAUCAGGAUACGGGCAGCAAGGCUACAUGCCCGAAGGCAACAGCAAACCUUUGGUGAGCUGUUGUGGGAAAAACAACGGUCUUCCAAACAUGCAAGCGAAAAGAGUCCGAACAAGACAAGCAACCGGAGGAGAACAGACCACCCAAAAAGCCACGGCUUGUCUUCACAGACAUUCAGCGCCGCACUUUGCAUGCAAUCUUCAAGGAGACAAAACGUCCAUCAAAGGAGAUGCAAAUGACCAUCGCCCAGCAGUUAGGGCUGGAAGUUACUACUGUGGCCAACUUCUUCAUGAAUGCCCGCCGUCGCUCGCUUGAUAAGUGGCAAGACGACAAUGGUAACAACAACCGCGAAAGCUCUUCCUCUUGCACCAAGAGCUAACUGACCUCUUCUGGGUUUCUUUUAGUUAUUUUUUUCCCCUGGUGCCCAGCCACAUACUUCAGACGUGCACUUGACUUACGUAUCACUCACUGAGCAGGGAGUUCAGGUAUGGCAGUGUUGUGGUAGGCCUUUUGCACAGUUGUGACUUAAAACUUUGACUGCCAGGUUCCUCGUGUUGAACCGUGCUUUCGUACCCAAGGUCCCUUGGCAGAACAGUCUUCAAGUGGAGGCUGUGCUGUUGACACUCUUGGUGCAUAGUGAGUGUACAAGUAAAACUGUGCACAUUUAUUCUUGCAAUGAAAAAAAAAAAAGAAAAACCACCAGAUAGCUGACUGGUAAUUUCAAAGUGUGACUGUCUCAAAGCUUGAGCAUCGGUACUACUAUGUACACCACCUCCAAUACUUUUUACAGGUGCCUGAACACAGGUGACAUCAUCUCACAUUGUAUGCCCAUGCCGAGAACAGAUAUGGAGUUAGUUGUUGCAAGCUAAUGCUUUUUUCCCCAGAAAAGAAAAGUUUUUAAUGCCUGUUAAAAGUGCAAGAACCGCUAGCAACACUAUUACACAUGAUUUUCUUUUUAUAUAGAAAUGUCUAUAGCUAGAGUUGCACAUGCAUAUUUAGACAGAAGAAAUUGAAAUGGCUGCAUAGGUGAGAAGUUCAUCCUGCAGCUGCAAAUAAUUUGUAGACGUGUGAACGGAAUCCGACAGGGACAAAAAGAAGUCUGCUGUGAGAGUUAGGUCAGUCGGCAGCUGCGUCCUUUCAGCUUUUGGCAACUUCUGGGCUUCAUCACUUUCGAAACAUAUGGAUGCCUGGGAUUUCUGCCCAUCGUCUACCAUGGAUUUGCCUAGAUUUGUGCAAUAACUCGCUGGCCUGCAGUGUUGCUUAGGUCAUAUCAUGCAUGAAAGAUGCCUGUCGGUGUUUUUUUUUAAUCAAGUAGACACAUUCAUCAUUCAUAUGUUUUGUCGUUUAUUUUAUACAACACUUGUGGUGAAAUGAAAAGCUGCAAGAGGAAAAAGGAGUUCGUCCUCAUGGCCAAGUGAGGGUGUUGCAUUAGCUGUAACUUAUUUGAGCUGAUUUGCUUAAGUGGUUUUAUUUACUUGCUUUUUGGAGAUGUGGUUGGGGGUUGGUGUAGAUUAUGUUGUAGAUGACACAGUUUAAAAAAACAAAUUGAGUAUCCUGACUUGGAGUUACACAGUGUAGACAAGACAGUUCUUGCGUGUUUGAGAUGUUAAUUUGAUCCCCUCCCUCUCCCUUGUCUGGCUUGUUUACUAUGUAUCUUGUCUCCCCAACCCCUCACCCCUUUCCAUAACUGGUCUGCAGACCUUGCCGUACAGUGCAGGGUGAAACAUAAAUCUUUGUCACCUGGGCAGAUCUUCUCAAGGCUUUAAAAUUAUGCCCAAUGAUUUUUCUUUGCCAGAACUUCAGAUCUGACACAGGUCUCUGUUCAUUUUGAGGUUGGUUUUAGCAGCUUUUAUGUCCUGCAUUCUUUUGGGGUUUUUUUCGGUUGUGAUGGCUCAUGUUUGACCCUCAAAUAUUUACAAAGAAAACGUCCUGUUCUUUUUGUUUUCUUUUUUUUUAAAUUGCCAUAUUGUUUAACUCAAGUUGAAAAUUGCAAUUGGUUUGUGUCCCUUUUUUUUUAGAAAAUUAAUUAUCCAUUAUAUUUUCUGCCAGUAUUGCCAUUUUACUGAUGCAUUGCUCACUUUCACCAAGUCCCUAGAACACUGCAAUUUUAGCUUUUUUUUAAAAUCCAGUGUUCGUUGAUGCUGUUUAGAGGGUGUCUGUGAAAACAAAAUACAAGCAGCAAACAAAUAUUUUAUUUGAUCAGCUGAGGUUCUAACUUUCUCUGAAUGUUUUGAUGACAUUGAUAGAAAUGCCAGUGACACUCAGAUGGCGGCUUAGCCUGAUGUGUUCUCCACCUAUAUCACUUUAGUGUAUGUCAACAGCAAAAAAAAAAAAAGUAUUAUUUAAAAUAGUUCAUAGGGAAAGGCACUUAUGGGAUGCAGCAGUAGGGUGUUUUGACUGGGGAAGAAAGAGAAGUUCAAGCUAAAAAUUCAAGCACUUGGCUAGAUAUUUAUUGCAGUUUAUUUAUAAUACACACAAGACGGCCAUGACAUGUGCAAUAUUUCAUUUUAAAAUGAUUUUCAAAGACAGUUCAUUGCUGUUAACACCGUGGCUGUCUCUUGUAACGUGUUCUUUUGGUUUUGGUGCCAUGUAUGUGUGCAUAUUUAUAAUUUUUAACGUAGGAACCAAGUGUUACAGGAAAAGAAGUGAAAGACAUGUGAUGAAAGACCAUCAAUUUAGAGGGAUAUUCAUUCUUUUCAAAACUAUUUAUAUAAGCAGUCAGAGAAGCUGAGAAUUUCUGAAAGCAUGACAAGAACAUAGUCAUCACUGAUAAUGAUGUUCGGGGAAAAUGGCAUUUCUUGCUGACCUCAGUUAAAAAUCCUUGUGUGAAAAGAACAUACUUUCCAAAAAGUCCAUCUGUAGAUCUGCUCUUUUGUCUAAUUUAUUUAUAAUAUUUAUAACAUUAUUACCUUUGAGCUUUAUAUCCUCAUUGAAGGAGAUGACAUAUUGUUUUCAUCAUCCUUUUUGAAGAGAUCUGACCUAAAGAAUCUCAACAGAACACAAUGGUCCAUAGUCAUGUGACUUAUUAAAUAAUAGGAUAUAUUGAGGGGAGAAGUUGGAUUUUUUUUUUUAAUUAUUACUUUUUGUUUUAUAAUUACAUCUCAUUUUGAUUGUGUAGUACACAACUGCAUACUGAUCAAACAUCUAGAAUGACAAGGAUUUAUUUUACAAAAUGAGUGUGCAAUAAAAUAAUGUUAUAGGCGUGUGCUAACAUUCCAAUAAAAUUAAUAGGGUGGUAUUUAUUUAUAAGAUUAUUUCUGCUUUGUGCUGAGCUAGACAAUCCUGUUUGAGGACGGAACUAGCACUUGGGUUACAAGUUGGUUGUGUAAGAUGGUGCCAGAAGUAAGGAGGAGACAAGCAGUCUGUCCAUAAGGGGCUUUGGUAUUGUGCAAACCACUACGUAUUUCAAAAUAUAUUUUGUAAUGAAGAGUCUCAAGUGAAAUUUUCCUUUUGAAAUUCCUUGAGUAUCUUAAAGUUAAAAUUAUUUGUUAUCUUCUUGAGUUUGAUAUAUGUUGGUGUUGUCUGAUUUGCCAAAUUAUGUUCAUUGUUUUGGUUGAAUUUUUUUUAUUUUGCCAAGACCUUGUUGGUCUUAAUUGCACUUAAUUUUGUUUUGAUCUUGUUUGCUGGUGUGUGCUAUUUAUUUAUUUAUAUGCAUUCUGCAUUGAAGCGUAAUUUAUUCUUAUUUUUGCCUGUCUCAUUAAAAACAAACAUAGCUACAAGUAUGGCAAAUAAUAAUUUCUUUAUUUGGCGUCCAUAGUCAUCACAAAUCAUCACCCACACUCUUGUUGUCCUUUGCGUGACCUCCUAACAACAAGUGCGAUGACCUGUGGGAGGUUUCCGUAAAAUGUCGGGCUCCUUGUACUACAGGAGUCUGCACCCAUGCAAUAAGUGAAAAAUCUUCAUCGACUAGUUUUGCACCUGAAUUUAUCAGGGUUCUUUGAAAUGUACUGUUCUUUGUAAAUACCUAACUUCUCACGGUAAAUGUAUCUUUGUUUGAGUGAUUUUUUUUAAAAAUUACAGUCGCUAUGUUGAUGGACUUAAUGGUCAUGAGGUAUAUUUUUUUGUCCAUUUGUUAACUUUAUAGCAGAUUGCCGACACCAUCAAGUGUUAAUGUUCUCACCAUUUCAUGCAUAUCAUAUGCACUGCAGGAGUUGUGUUCUGAUGGUCUUUAGCCAUUUGGGGUUUGUUUGUUUUUUGUUUUAUUUUUGCUCUCACAAACAGCUGCAGCUCCACCUGUGACGUCAUGUAAAUGAAAAUCAGUUGUAAGUUAUUUAGAAAACUGUUCUCCGUGCGCCAGUCAUGCAGAGUCAGAGGUGGGCAGGUGAAGGGGGAGGGAGUUUCUCACAGCCGGCGGCACUUGUGAAGCAAUGUGCAUGUGUUAGAUAUGCUGUGUCUGCUUUUACCAUGUUCCUAGACUGCAUCCUCCCAAGCUGUCCAUCCUUUGAUGUAUAACCACAGUCUGAAGUGAAGGGCAAGUCCUGUAUGAUCUUGUUUACUACGUGCAAGGGACUUUUUGCAUUCCAUUACCUUUUCACUGGUUCUGUUUUUACCAUUGUGUUGCAUUCCAUUGGGCCAAUUUUUCACCUUUUUUGCCGUUUAUUAUUUGAGUUUAUUCCACAGACACAUUCCAAAAAAACAAAUCCACAUUUUAUUGCAACCUUUUUUGUGAAAGACAGCCCAAGUGAAGCCGGUGUUAACAGGUCAUUCCGUUUUGGGUUUUCUAACCGUAUUUUUGUUAAGUGUUGGAAAUUUGUGUUUAAGUAGAUCCAUUCCCGUACAUGAUAAAGCACCAGUUUUAAAAUGGCGGCAGCAAGAAGCUUUUUGCGAAAAAUUAUUUUAACGAUGUCGGAACGACUUUUCCUUGCGUGAAUUAUACACUCAGGGCCACGGGAAUGUAAGUUUGCCAUAUCCUUAUUUUCAAGAUAUGUAACAAAAUAGAAGCAAAGACAUACGACUUCUAGGUUAUCCUUAGAUGUAGAUGCUACCUGUAGAAACCAAGAAACGACUGCCAGGAACCGGAAGCGCUGUUCGCAAGAUGUCCGCGAUGGCUCAAACGUUCAUUUUUCCGCCGCUUUCACAUUUAUUCUCCGGAUAAAAAAAUGUAGGCUACAUUUAUUCUGCUUGGUUUUUUUUUUUUUAAAUUUUUUUUUACUUACCCGUUGGAUGUUCAGGCUCAGUUUUUGUUUUGUUUUCAAAGAAGAGAUUUACGUCAUAGUGAAAAGGGGGAACUACUCUGGGAGAUAUUCAAGUGCAUGGCAUUCUGUUGUCAGGUACAAAUGCUGAGGGAAGAUGUGUAAGACUGCGGUCAACUAGUGGUGGAAAGUAUUUUUCGGAGGUCUUAUACAUGUAUUACAGAGUCAAAACGAAGAUUAACGAGCAGGUUGGGAACUGUUUGUAGCCAGAUCAUUUAAUGUUGUUAUACUACGGAGGCCUUUUUUGAAAAUUUUACAAAAAGCUUGAGUCUGUGAACUGCUUGUUUUCCUGUAGAAGCUCCUUGUUGCUAUUCUUACCUCCUGUCACGCGCGUCUUUUGCAUCGAUUUAAGGUGGGAGGACAGGGGAAGGGAAGAUGGGUUCGCUGCAAGGCUGAAGAAAAAACUCCUGCCCAUGCACCAACCUCUCCCUCACCCCAAACAACCCCUCCCCUUGCGCGUGACGUUGGUUUCUUGCAGAAAAGAAAAUGUUUUAGACUCCCCCUCCAGUGGCGAGUGGAGGGUUGGCCAGUGAAGUAUCUCGUGUGGUAGAUGACACGUCAGCUGCAACACUGUCACUCCCACGAACAGCAGCAGGUACCAAGUGGGAACACGUUUGAAAGCCUCGUUUCCUUCUUUUGCCGAACUGCGACUUGGAUGACCAGUCGGUUGUGUGGAGAUUGGGUAGAGAACUGAGGGAAUGCUUGCAAUCAACUCACAUUCUUUAUAUUAAAAAAAUAAGAGAAAAAAAUCAGCAAUAAGGGGUGGGUGGGGUGGAAGUGAAAGUAAAAAUUGAAGUGUGACUACAGUUUGACUAAAAGAGGAAAUGAAUUUCAGAAGCUGGGAGAGCAAAAGAACGGAGGGUUGUGGUGAGGGUGGGAGAGAGCAUUGGCCACCGUGUGCAGCAGCACGCCUGGCGAGACUUGAUCCUCCGGCCGCCCGGGGAGGCUUGGAGGGCGGCGAGCUUAGCUCAGCUGCUGGGUUCUCACCAGCCGGGCAUCGCCGCUGUCCUGGGGCGCUCGGUACGCAAGCUAGCCUGCCGGGAGGGGUGGCCAUUCUGUCCCCUCUCUCUCUCUGUCAUGUCUUGCCGAGGACUCGGGCAACAUCUCUGUGUGGUGGGGGGCAAGCUCCCUCCUAACCCUCCUCCCCCGGUGUGCGGGGAUGCAGAGCGUUGCUGUGCGUCGUCCUGACGUCAUCCGCGCACAACGGAAAGCGAGCGCUUAAACCACCUUCCCCACACACACCCAGUCACCAUCCUCCCCCACAGCUUCCCUCUACCCCACUUCUUUUGACCAGCUUGCGUGUCGAGGCUAAGGGUUAGUGGACCGUGACUUUUUUUUUCCUGGCGAGGCUUUUGCGGGUUAACGGUGCUGGUUGAAGUGCUACAUAGCAUUAAAACAACUGGCAUUGUCCAACCUCCCCGGUCAUUACAGAAACUGCUAGGGCUGGAGUGGAAGAAUAGGAGUUGGAAAAGGAUGGGAAGUGGUGGAGGGGAUGGGGACAGCGGGUAAGGCCCUUGAACAGGAGUUGCCACGAGAGUAGGAAGGUUGCCAGGGACCACGACAAGCCCGUCCCCAUCCCAAACUGCCCAUCCCGCGCUUGGGUCAGUUACUCAGAUAUUCGGACACUGUGCUCAAAGGCCAGGCUCCGAGUUGUAGUACCCUACCUUCUUUAGUAAAGACUGGUUCCAGCUCCAUCAAUCCACUCACCAUUCCCCCGCGCACCCACCCUUGUCCCUUCUCAACCCCCUUUCCUCUGCUGCAGGAGUCGCAGCGCCCUCUCCUCCUCUAUUCUCUCCCUUUACCUCUUCACGUCCGCUGGCUGUAGGAGUGGAGGGUCUCACAAAAGCUGAUGGACAGUUUUUAUAAUUGGGGGAACCUGAUGAAGACGUUUCCAGAUGCUGCAAUGGGUUUUUCAAAUGUUGUCCGGGAUGACGUGGUGCGUUUAAUUUCACGUCUGGCCCACCAUCCACCCUUCCCUCCUUCUCCUCACGGCCAGUUCUUCUUCCUCCCGUUCAUCUCCAUGACUGCGAUGUUCAGGCGGGUGCUCAUCGUGUGGAUGGUGGAUAUUUGGUAAGAGACAUGAUGUCUUUCAUUAUCAUCAUCAUCAUCCACCAACCCUCCAACCUCCCUCUCUCUAAUGUUCCGUCGCUCUCGCAGGACGAAAAUAAUUUAAGUAAGAGAUAAUCUCAUCGUUGCGUUCAGGAGAGAGAGAGAAAGGAAAAAAAGUGCUUGACAUGGUUCAGCUAUUUCAAUCCAAAGUUAAUGCUUUCUACCUGGAAGAAAUUAUUUUCUUAUACGGCAGCGCAUGAUCAAAGGAGACAGGAGCAGGUAACAACGACCGAGCCAUCGCGGAGCUUGCUUAAUUACUCGUGAGGUUUUACUGCGCGCGCAGAACAUGCGUAUGUAGCACAUCGCGCAGCGCGAGAAAGAACGGGAAAGUGAAUGGGAGGAGGGCUAGGGGACGGGUGGUUGGCCUUCGAGCAUGGGUGGGUGGUCGAGUGGGACCGAGGCUUGACAAUCGCACUGUACAUGCUAGGCGAGUUAUCCAUGCACUAGUUCCUCUAAGGGUAACAGUUUCCGGUUCCUGUGCAGGUUACUUAGCAGAAGCAUAUCUGAUAAACGGUUGGGGAAUGAAUUUGCAAGGGAAUGGGGUAGGGGUAUAAUGCAUAUCAACACCCGGUCAGGUAUGUCUUUGUCAGCUGGCUUUUUUUUUAUUUAAGGCAGACGUGUCUCUUAAACACACCCCCGCCCUCCACCCACGAAAACUCUACCCUGAUCUCCAGUCUGUGCACAGUGUAUUAUUGUUUAUUACAGCAUAUCAUUUAUAUUUAUUAAGUAAUUUAUUAAAGCUAAUUGUUGUGCUCCUUGUAUAAUUUAUUUGCAAUAUGGUUCUAUGGAAAGCGGCUCCUUCACGCUAUGUUCUGUACAGUCUCCUGCUCAAUGGUGGUAGUGGACCACAUAGUCUUCUGUUUGUCACAGCAACCUUCAGCUUUCCUCCAUGCUCAUCCAUCUGCCACUCCCUGAUGACAAACAUGUGACGGAGCAGCUUGGUGUGUCGCAUGCACUGUUUUCUCUCCCCCAACCCCGACCCCUCGUACUCCACACCCCUCUUCCCAUCAGAUCUUGUAGUUUCCCUUUCUGUUUUAUUUUUCAGUUUUUACACAACAGAAGCAUUUUAUUGCGUUUAGAAAGAUUUUUAGUCGGAGAGUAUCACAUCGGCAGUGUGUGAAAGUGACCAGGAAAUCCGUCUCCCCCUUCACACAUCCCCUCAUCCUCCCCUUCACAGCGGCUUUUAUAGUUCUAUUUUUGUAUCACAUGACCCUUUGAACCUGCUACCUCCCUCAGUUAGUGCUGCCGCAUUGAAACAACCUGCGGAUUUUUAUCACUGACAUUCAUCUGUAGACCAGCCAUAGGUUUUUGCCAGACGCAGAACAUUCUCAGCACGCUAUGUCAAGAAAAAUAAUUGUUGACCACAGCACCAAGUCUCCUAAUUUGAUGUUUUGUCCUCGUCACUGUAUAAUUUGUGUGGUUGGGGGUGGGGCGGGGAGAUGGAGGACGGUUUGUAUCUCUAUCGGAUGGCUUGAUUUAGCAGUUUGAGGUUGCCAAGGUGAAGGGACUGGCGGACGCAAAAAAUAAAAAAAAAAACACAAACAAAAAACCAUAAGGGCAGCAGAAUUUGAAAGUGUAAACGUUUGAUUAUCUACGCCAGUCGUGCGCGAAUGCGUGUGUACGUGUGUAUGAGCAAACAAUGUGAGAGAGUGGGAAUUAAUUGUUAAACAAUCAUCUACAAGGAUUUACAAUGCGUGUUUAAGUUUUUCCCCUCCCCCUUCCUCUUAGCCGGAUUACACUGCAAGUAUUUGUGAAUUUCUAGCCUUUUGUUUCUAAAAAGAAAACUUGUGGGAGGGAGGUAAACUUUGUCCAUUCCGUGUUCACUGUCCAGUUCCAGUAUGUGUGCGUGCGUGCUUGCUCGCUGUUGGCAUUUCUUCGGUUCUCAACAGUCCUGAAUCGUGAAAAAUUUAUAUUGCCUUCACACUUAAAGGUAGCAAAUAGAGUGGCGUUGUGUCAGAAUGUGUUCUGCAUCGUCGCCAUCCUCAGGCUUUUCAUCAGGUUUUUUUUUUUCUUUGUAUAUUUUAUUUUAGUUUUUUUUUUUUUUUUUUUGAAAAGAAAUCUUCUGUAGUUCUGUCGAUUUAUUUCUGAAGUAAAGGGGCCUUUGCUGAAAACAUAAAUGAUAAAAUAAAUCACAAUAACUGUGCAGAAUUUUUUUAAAGGGGGAUCAACAUUAGCUAUGAAAGUGUAGGAUAAGCUGCAUUUAUUCCAGGAUGGGGCAGAGAGGGUUACUAGAGUCACUGGAGGUGACUGACUCGUUCAGCCAGUAGGACUGAACUCAUUUUCUUCAUUCUCGCCAGCAAUUUGACUUCAAAAUGCGAUCCAGGCCAAGAGAAAAGAGGAAUAAUCGCGCGCACCGAGGUCGGGUGGUCUCCCUUGUUAAGGAAGGAGGGUGUGGCUGGCAGCUCCGACUCGGGGGAUCGAUGAUGUAAAUAAAGAACUUUCCUGUGUAGUAGAUGUUUCUUCGUCUAGGCUUCAAGGCAGAAAAAUUCAGCAGUCCAUUGUGCGUGUGGAGGAGGGUGUGUGUGUGUGUCGGUUAACAUAAUCCGCCAUGUUUUUAACCGUUUUAGUUGGCGUGCCAGUGUAAAGACUUAUUCUGAUUUGAAAUACGCGCUUGGGAAUCUCUUUUUGUUCCUCUGUCUCUUGCCCUCUGUCCCAUACACACGCAAACACGUGCAUCGACUUGUACAAACUGUACCUUCUUACCAGGUGCCAGGCGACAUUGUUUUUAGUGACGUCAGUGUGGUACGUUUAUAGACAACGGUUUGGGGGAAGGGGUGUUGUAGUGCCGCUGGGGAUGUCCCCCCGGCUUGUACAGAAGUGGGCAGAAGUUGUGUCUGUCUCAUCGUCGUUUAGAUAUGAAUUUUUUUUUCUACGGUUUCUGUUCCAUGUACAAUCAGAUGAACUUUUGACCGCACGCUUGUAGAUACCGCUGUACAUCUGGAGACAGUACGACGAUUUAUGAAUGGAACGUGUGCUUAACCAUGCUUGUCUCUUGACACGUAACUCUAAUAUUGAUGUCCGUGUACAUUUUGUGUGAAUAUCAUUUUUGCAUAUUUUACCAUUGCCUCUCUCUCACACUUUUAAUUUAUCAUCUUCAUCAUCCACAUUGUCAUCUUCGUCAAGCAAGGGACGUUACUCUGUCUUUUUUUUUUUUUUAAGUUGAAACUAGUCAAGAGGGACAUUUUACUCCCUGUUCUUCGGACUUGUCAAGUAUCGGAAACUGUGCAAUAUUAUAUGACAUUUGUCUUAUUGUAACUGUAAUAAGUACUGUGUGAGGUGUCUUUUUUUUUCCUUUCCCCUUGUUUUUAUUGGUUGGACGACGAGGAUGAUUUGUUUACUUUGCUUCUUUGCUCCUCCUCAACAACCUGCCCCAUCCCAUCAACUCCCUCCCCCCUAGUCCGCAUUGUCCCCAUUCCAUACCCGCUCCACAAGGUCCCCUGUCGUCGGCGUCGUCGUCGUCGUCGUUGCGCUGUUUAGUGUCGAAUCACACUCCACCCUCCCCUACACCCCUCGACACGGACGACUUUCAGAUACCUCCAGAUUUCCGAGCCGAACUAGUUUGAACUCUUUGUAUUUUUUUUUUUUUUUUUUAAUCUGUUGCCAUGCCGGUCCCAUAAGCGGUCCUCGCUUUCCCCAGCUGACCCGACAGGAUCGGAAGAGCUUGCAUGUUACAAAAGCUGAAAGCGUCUGGUUCGACGUUCGCCCUAUCGCUUUAAUUUUUUUUUUUUUUCAUCGUUUUGUUUCCAAAACGUACUUUCAGUAUUUCCUGUUUUGAUACACAAAACAUAUCCCUUUUUUUAAAUCGAGUAUUUGUUUAACGGGGCAGCAACAAUUUUGAGAAGAUGAAUUUGGUUUUUCUACCACAGGGCGAUCAUCAUUCACACUACAGUUCUUGUGAACAAUCGGACCACAUGUAGCUCUCAUUCCCCAUCCCUCCACCACCUAAGUACCCUCCGUCUCCUUUUGAAAACAAUAUCUCGCGGGGUUUCUUGCCCCAUCAAGUCUUCUCCAGAUGCUCCUGAUCUCUUCCACCCGUCCUACUCCAUGAUGUACCCCUAGUGUUUGUCGGUUUCGCUUACCUUGGGUUUACCUGUCGCUGUAGUUUGUAACUGAGACCGCACGUUCUGUUCCAUUUCCGUGCUUUGGUGUUCAUUUCCCCAUCCUCCCUCCCCAAGCACAACUAUGUCCAUCUGUGUCCACUCCCUACUCCCCCUCACCUGAGGUCCUUCAGUCUCCCUCCCUCACCCCCAUCUAGUACCACGCGCUGUGCUGUCAGUGUUCUGUGUUUCUUACUAUUUUCUUUACCCUCACAGAUAUGCAAACAGUUUAGACUCUGUCUGUAUGUUUACAGAAGAGAAAAAUAAACCUAGGCACUGAGCAGA